GCUUUUUCAAAGUAGUGUUCUGACCUUAUUUGUCUAUUCCGUGGUUCUGACGCUUCACUAAGAUAGGUACGUAUCGGUUCUAGAUUUAGGGUCGUCGUUAAGAUCUACAUUCGGCUAUCUUGCAGAACCGGUAUUGGAUGACUUGGAGAGAAUUAAUUUGUGUCACGUCCGGGCCGCGUGAGCGAACACUGCACUUGCAUAGUUCACGACGGAGCAAACACAGUUCUACUUACUGCCUACAGUUGAUUCUGUUCGCGAAUAUAUUCUAUGGGAUAACACUUGCACGGCUUGCCUCACUAGGUUUCUGUCGUGCUCAUUGUUUUGUGUCUAGCAACUAAUCAAGAGUGAUUGUGUAUAAAAUGGUUGUUUACAAAUAUUCCUUUGUGUUCGUUUUCGCUGCUGUCAUCCAUCUAUCUCCAUCCGCAGGAUUAGCCCCAGUUCUUAAGUUGAACAAUGGCAAGGAAAUUCCGGGCUUCGGCAUCGGCACUUGGCUCGGCACCAAUAGUAACGAGCUGAAAGGCGACGAGGUUCAAAAGUCGGUGGAAUGGGCGAUCGACGCUGGCUACAGGCAUAUCGACACUGCGGCAAUCUACUCCACCGAGGACCAGGUCGGACGUGCCAUUAAGAAGAAGAUCGCAGAGGGAGUGGUCAAGAGAGAAGAUCUGUUCGUCACUACAAAGUUAUGGAACACGAACCACAAGAAGGAGGCGGUUUUGCCGGCCCUCAGGAAAUCAUUGAAGAAUUUGGAUUUGGAUUACGUGGAUCUAUAUUUAAUUCACUGGCCGAUCGCUCUGCACGAUAACGCCUCAAUUUCCCAAACAGAUUACGUGGAGACGUGGCAAGCUAUGACCGAUGUCUUGAACCAGGGUCUGACCAAGUCCAUUGGGGUGUCCAACUUCAACAUUCAGCAGCUGGAGAGGCUCAAGUCUGAGGGCGGCGUCACGCCCUCCGUCCUGCAGGUCGAGAUCAAUUUGAACCUUCAACAGCCGGCUCUACUGGACUACUGCAAGGCUCAAGGGAUAGUUGUGGUGGCGUACACCCCCUUCGGCAAUCUGUUCAAUCGCCAGCCGUCGGCUCCAGCGCCGCGGGCCGACGACCAGCGUCUCGUGGCCAUCGCCCAAAAAUACAAGAAAACCGUUCCGCAAAUCGUACUCAGAUAUUUGGUGGAGUUAGGAGUAAUUCCGAUCCCGAAGUCCCUCCACAAGGACAGAGUUGAAGAGAACAUCCAAAUCUACGACUUCUCCCUCACUCCUGACGAGAUUCAAUUGCUGAAGAGUUUCGACAAUGGCUACAGGACUUUAUCGCCUUUGUUCUGGGCUCAUUCUCCUUAUUUCCCGUUUGAGAGCAAAAACUAAAUUGGAAACAAGGAAAUGAUACAGUCGACACAAGCCAGGGAUACUGUCAUUACCUCACCGCUAACUUCUCUAUGCAACAAGAUAGUUUUCUGUUGAUUUUGUUGAAGGCACGUUUGUGAUAGUUUCAUGAAAUUUAUUAAAGCUAGUUUUACUGUUUAA